AUGUUUUUUGGGAGCGGGUGGGGGGCGGGAGGAAGUUGGUUUGUUUUGGGUGUGAGUGAGUUGGGAUUGAGGUGGUCAGUUGAGGUUGAGGGUGACGAUGAGGGUGAGGUCAAGCUCGCUUGUUCAACGCCUGCGUACGACGCCUUUGGUACUGGUUCAGGAGAUACCUGGACUGCCCUUUUGCAUCGUCAGUCCCACUCCCACUCCCACUCCCACUCCUUUCUUCUCCCCCUUCUUACCACGCCACACGAGCUCACCCCCGCCAUCCAGGACACCUGUCUUGGCGGCCAUAUUCACGCCGCCACCUCUCCCGACUCACCCACAGAAAUCGGCAUACUUGGGAAAAUCGGCAUCUACUUUGGGGAGUUUGGCCGGUGUUUGCUUGCCAUGUGCACGGAGGGUGGGACGAGGAGUCGCUUCUUGGAGCUGCUGAAGAGUAAUUGCAAGGCGGACUUCCUCUCGUACGGCAACUUCACCGCGUACCUCCACUACGGCAUCUGA